CAGUAACACAACAGCGAGAUCAAGCUGAGUGUUGUCGGCCCAUGGGCUCCAACUGUGCAAGACAGACCUCAAGUCUGUCAAACGGAGAUUCCUCCGACAGUAUUUUAUAAGAAAAGCGAUAGACAACUUUUCUGGUGCGAGGUCAGACAGAAGUUGUCAUCACCAUGUGGAUUACUCCAGAAGAAGUGUUGCUCGCCAACGCUCUGUGGGUUAGCGAAAGGGCGAACCCCUUUUUCAUUCUACAGCGAAGAAAGGGACAUGGAAAAGGAGGAGGCAUCACUGGGUUGCUAGUUGGUACGUUGGAUGUGGUGCUGGACUCCAGUGCCCGAGUGGCCCCCUACAGAAUCUUACAUCAGACAGGGGACUCCCAGAUCUUCUGGAGCAUAGCAUGCGGCUCCUCCAGGAAGGAGAUCACGGAACACUGGGAGUGGCUGGAAGCCAAUUUGCUGCAGACGCUGUCAAUCUUUGACAACGAGGAUGACAUCACCACCUUCGUCAAAGGGAAGAUUCAGGGCAUCAUGGCGGAGGAGAACAAGUGUCGUAAGGCCCAGGACGAUGAGGACUCCGGAAAGUUCCGGGAGGCGGAGCUGAAGAUGCGCAAGCUGUUUGGCAUGCCGGAGGAGGAGAAGCUGGUCAACUACUACUCCUGCAGCUACUGGAAGGGCCGCGUGCCACGCCAGGGAUGGCUCUACCUCACCGUCAACCACCUCUGCUUCUACUCCUUCCUGCUGGGCAAAGAAGUGACCCUGAUCGUGCCGUGGACAGACGUCACGCAGCUGGAGAAGAACGCCACGCUGGUGUUCCCCGAGAGCGUGCGGGUGAGCACGCGCGACACGCAGCACUUCUUCUCUAUGUUCCUGAACAUCAACGACACCUUCAAGCUGAUGGAGCAGCUGGCCACCAUCGCCAUGCGACAGCUGCUGGACAACGAGGGCUUCGCCGCCGACCGCACGCUGCCCAAGCCCUGCAAGACACUCAAGAACGUCUCAGCGCUCAAGAGGGAUCUAGACGCGCGGGCGAAGAACGAGCGGUACCGGGCGCUGUUCCGGCUGACGCAGGACGAGCGCCUGGACGGCCACACGGACUGCACGCUGUGGACGCCCUUCGCCAAGAUGCACGUGGUGGGCCAGAUGUUCGUCUCCAACAACUACAUCUGUUUCGCCAGCCGCGAGGAGGACAUGUGCCAGCUCAUCAUCCCACUACGGGAGGUGUCCAUAGUGGAGAAAGCAGACAGCAGCAGCGUGCUGCCCAGUCCGCUGUCCAUCAGCACCAAGAACAAGAUGACCUUCCUCUUCGCCAACCUGAAGGACCGGGACUUCCUGGUCCAGCGCAUCUCCGACUUCCUGCAGCGCACGCCCGACCGCCUGUGGAGCGAGGGCGACCCGCUGAGCGGCCAAUCAGAGACCCCGAGCCCCACCACCACCACCCCCACCCCUCCAGCGUCCAGCCCCCCCUCCCUGGGAGCAGGGGGCCCCCCGUCUCUGGGAGCAGGGGACCCCCCCACUCUGCUGCGGCACUACAACCCCGAGCUGCCCACGGCCAAGCAGGGCCUGCUCAGCAUCUACCAGAAGGACGCGCCUGAGGAGGACAUGAGCCCCAAGGCUACCAAAGAGAAGAUGAAGGAGGAGGCGUGGAACAUCCACUUCUUCGAGUACGGCCGAGGGGUCUGCAUGUACCGCACCUCCAAGACGCGCGAGCUGGUCCUCAACGGCAUCCCAGAGAGUCUGAGGGGAGAGCUCUGGCUGCUCUUCUCCGGUGCCCUGAAUGAGAUGGCGACCCAUCCGGGCUACUACGCGGAGUUGGUGGAGCAGGCCAUGGGCCGCUGCACGCUGGCCACGGAGGAGAUCGAGCGGGACCUGCAUCGCUCCAUGCCCGAGCACCACGCCUUCCAGAACGAGAUGGGCAUCGCCGCCCUGAGACGUGUGCUCACUGCCUAUGCCUACCGCAACCCCAACAUCGGAUACUGCCAGGCCAUGAACAUCGUGACGUCUGUGUUGCUGCUGUAUUGUACAGAGGAGGAGGCCUUCUGGCUGCUGGUAGCUCUGUGUGAGAGGAUGCUGCCGGACUACUACAACACCAGGGUCGUAGGUGCCCUGGUGGACCAGGGUGUGUUUGAGGAGCUGACGCGUGAGUGCCUGCCCCUCCUCUACGAGCACAUGCAGGACCUGGGCGUCAUCUCCACCAUCUCGCUCUCCUGGUUCCUGACGCUCUUCCUCAGCGUCAUGCCCUUCCACAGCGCCGUGCUGCUGGUGGACUGCUUCUUCUACGAGGGCAUCAAGGUGGUCUUCCAGGUCUCCUUGGCCGUGCUGCACGCCAACAUGGACCAGCUCAUGGCCUGUAACGACGAGGGGGAGGCCAUGACCAUACUGGGCAGGUAUCUAGACAACGUGGUGAACAAGCAGACGGUGUCUCCGCCCAUCCCCCACCUGCACGCCCUGCUGACCAGUGGGGACGAGCCGCCGCCGGAGAUUGAUGUGUUCGAGUUGAUCAAGGCGUCCUAUGAGAAGUUUGGGAGCCUGCGUGCUGAUGUCAUCGAGCAGAUGCGGUUCAAGCAGAGGUUAAAGGUCAUCCAGUCUCUGGAGGACACGGCCAAGAGGAGCGUGGUGAGAGCCAUCAUGACGGACUCGGCCUUCAGCAUAGAGGAACUGGAGGAGCUGUAUGUUCUCUUCAAGGCCAAGCACAUCAUGAGCUGCUACUGGGGCGCGAGCAGCACGGCGGCGGAGCGCCACGACCCCAGCCUGCCCUACCUGGAGCAGUACCGCAUCGACCUGGGCCAGUUCGGACAGCUCUUCGCGGCCCUGGGCCCCUGGGGCUGCGGCAUCCACACCGUCACCCUGGCCUCGCGCCUCUUCCGCCUGCUCGACCAGAACAAGGACGGACUCAUCAACUUCAAGGAGUUCGUCACGGGACUCAGUGGAAUGUAUCAUGGAGACAUGACGGAGAAACUCAAGCUGCUCUACAAGCUCCAUAUGCCUCCAGCUUUAUGUCCAGAGGAGGCAGAGUCUGCACUGGAGGCCACGCAGUUCUUCACAGAUGAGGACACUCCCACGGAUUCUCCCUUCCUGUCUCAUCUGGAUUUCCUGGUGCAGGAAGUCAUUGAAGGUGAAGAGGUGAAAGAGUCCGGAGAUGCUGGAGACGACGACUCGGAAGACAAGAAAGAGGAGAAGGUGAAGGACUACAAAUAUUACCUGAGGAUGUGGGCCAAGGAGAAGGAGCCCAAAAAAGAGACCAUCAAAGACCUGCCCAGGAUGAACCAGGAGCAGUUCAUCGAACUGUGCAAGACGCUGUACAACAUGUUCAGCGAGGACCCGCUGGAGCAGGAGCUGUACCACGCCAUCGCCACCGUGGCCAGCCUGCUGCUGCGCAUCGGGGAGGUGGGCAAGAAGUUCACCAACAACGGCAACAACAACAAGAAGGGCCUGGAGGCCCAGGCGAUGCUCCAGCCUCCUCAGGCCCAGGCGAUGCUCCAGCCUCCAGGGGUGGAUGGUUUGCCCCUACUGCACGAUGAGGAGGACUCUAAUGGGGAAGGCAACUCCAGGCAAGCCCUGAUCUGCAAGGCCCUGGCUGAGGCCCAGUUGGAGCCUGCUGGACCGGUGGUGGUGGGCGCCCCUGGCGCCGGGGGCAACGGCAACGGCGGCUCGGACGAGGAGGGCAAAGACGACACGUCUGUCUCGUCCUACUCGGUGGUGAGCGCAGGCGAGCUGCAGUGCGAGGACAUCGACGACACUGUGCUGAUUGGCUGCGGCCCCGGCAACGGUGACCACAGGAGGCGGGGCAGCGCGCCCGACGCGGAUUGGUCGAUCACCUUCGAGCAGGUGCUGGCCUCCAUGCUGACGGAGCCGGCGCUGGUGGACUACUUUGAGAAGAAGCAGGACUUCCCGGGCAAGAUGGCCGCCUGCAAGACCCAGAGGGCCGUGGAGAGGCAGGUCAGCUCCUCCAGCGACCACGAGCUCGCCCAGCUCUCCACUUGAUGAUCACGAUCAUGAUGAUGAUGAUGAUGAGCGGGGAUAGAAAAACAAACUUGAUGAUGAUGAGUGGUUGUCAUGACAAGUUAUGACACAUGAGGCAGAGUUACACUUGCGUACACAGACACACACACAGACAGACAGACACACACACAAACAAACACACACACACACACACACACACACACACAGUCCUAUACCCCUCACAGUGUGCGUGUUUGUGUAAGGGAAAGUAAGAAUGAUGAGAAGCAUGUUUGCUCCAAUAGCUUGCUAAGUGACCACAAGCUGGCUCACUUGAUGAAGACUGGGGGAACCAACUGCUCAAUGACAUUGUUAUAUGAGAAGUGAUAAUUGAGACUGAAAUGGGUUCCACACUCCUGUGUACACACACACACACACACACACACACACACACACACACACACACACACACACACACACACACACACACACACACACACACACACACUCAUAUUAUAUACCUAUACCUAUGUGUGCUUGUGUAUGGGAGAGCGUGGACACAAGUGGUCUUUACGAGUAUUACGUGUACAAUGUAUGGGAAUGUAGGAGACGUAUGGCUAAAAAACUUGCACAUUAAUAGCGUGGACAUGAGCUUCAGACACUUGCAUACACAUCUAGGUGUGUGUGUGUGUGUGUGUGUGUGUGUGUGUGUGUGUGUGUGUGUGUGUGUGUGUGUGUGUGUGUGUGUGUGUGUGUGUGUGUGUGUGUGUGUGUGUGUGUGUGUGUGUGUGUGUUGGUCAGUGUGUCUGCUACAGAGUGAUGGACAGAAGUUCUUGUUUCCAGACACUCGCAGACAAUGGCCGAGGUUGACUGUCUUCAUGUCAUUCCACCCUCCAGCCCAAGCAUGAAACGUUCUGUCUAACUUCUGUCUCACGUGGAUCAGAUCGUGAUCGGCUACCACGAGUUGUGAGCUCGUCUUUUAUUCUUCGGCCAUGGGCUGGCCAUCAUCUCCCAAGUAAUCACGGUCAUGCACCUUGUAACAACCGCCAGGUCCAGUGGUUUGAUAACUUGGGGCUUGAGUCCAAAAAAAAAAAAUUGAGGCCUUGUGUCACUUUUUAUUAUUAUUUGUUGCGUUUACUUCGUUUAUUUGAUAUUUUUUAUUAUUGUUGUUGUUGAUGACACUAUCCACGUCAGCCAGUAAGUAAAUAACACCCCGUGGAGCUGUGCCCAGUCCUGAGAGUCUGUUCUAUCCUGACUCUCUUAUCACUGUAAUCUCUUUGUGCCAAUGUGUACGAUUAUGGGUCUGUACAUUUGAUUUGAAUAAUCCUAGCACUGUGGGUCGGGACGGGAUCUUACCGUACACUAAAAAAAGCAUUGUGAAGUAGUUGGACUAAAAGCGUUGUGGAGUUAGUUUGACUGAACCCAAUCUCGUUUUUUGAAGGACAGGUCUAUUGUCAGACAUUCCCUGUUGGGUGGACAGAGAAUGUGUACUCUACGUUUCGGUGAUGUCGUGUCUCUUUCUCCUGGACUCAACAGUAGAAGCAGCUGACUUAAACAGGAUGAGAGCAACGUAUCUGGAAUGUGCAUUAUACAGUUUUUCAUGGAGGGAUAUUCAUGGCUUAGUCACUAACGCAGGAAAUGCAAGUAAGGAGGUAAACCUACUAAUGUACUAUGAGCUCAAUACUGUCAAAAAAAGAGGCAAAGGGCUUUUGUAUUGGCUGGUUUAUAACUUCUAAGACACCACCAAGAUACCAUAGGGACUUAACUAAGCCUGUUUUCUGGAAUAGCCUAGAUGUGUGCAUCUCUGUGUGUGGUGAGUUCUCUUCUAUUCAGCUUGUCUGUGUGUUCUGUGUGUCAGAACAUUUCAAGUCACCUCCUCCAGGGGGCGUUUGCCUUUGUUUGAUGGCCUUCAAUGCCUAAACAUGUUCUAUUGUGCAGAAUAGUGUCCUCCUACUAUUGGGAUGAUAACUGUCUAUUGUGUACUACGUUUGGUCCUGGGCCAGUAACCUACUACAUCCACUCUUGAAUGAUUACUGAAAGUAAUCCAAUGUAAAGUAGUCUAAUGUUGGCAGAUGGCAAAGUUACUGUCCUCGACACCCUGAUGUUAAUAAUACGUGCUGAGGUGGUCAGUAUUAAAGUUGAAGCCUUUUGAAAGGCUCCCCUAUAAGAAAAAAACGAAGAAACAAACAAGAAAAUGCAAAUCCUUGGUACAGCUGUAAUGUUUAUCCACAUUCAUGAGCAUCAUGUACGUAUGCAAAAACUGGUUUACAACUCGUCUCUAAUUUGGGAGUUGGGACUGUUUACCCGGAAGUCCUAAAAUCGAGUCUUGUUUUACAUGAUUUAUGACCUGUCUGGCGAUGUGGUUGUAAUAUACAGCAUGCCAUGGAAGAAGGAUAGGGAUUGGCUCAUGGUGUUAGGAAGUGUGUAUUAUUUGCAUAGACGCAAUGCUGGCUUCUUGAGUUGCUAGGGUACUUUGGCUAAUUUGUUUUAAAACAUGUCACCAAAUACCAUGUUGUUUUACGUACGUUUUUUGUUUUGUUUUUAUUUGAGUUGAUGAACUUUUUUUUUGCUCAUUACUCAUGUCUGUGUAAAUACCCAUGCUAAUCUUUAUGCAAAGCUAAUUGUCCUCUUAAGCUGUAAAUGAUUGCACACCUUUAUUUUCUUAUAUAAAAUGUUUUAUUGUUAAAACUCUAUAUCUAAUACGAUGUAACAUUUCCCUGAGAUGCUUUUUUGUCCCCUCCUCGCUUUUAAAAUAGCAUUAUCUAUACUCAUUCGUUUUUAAAGUAUUAUUUUAUCGCAUCAAGAUUGUUACUCAAUAAAGUAUGUUGAUUUAUACUUUGUUUUCUGACACCAAAUACAGUUGCUUUCGUGUCUUUUAGCUGCUUCUCAUGAAUAGGACGUUAAACCAAUCUGUUAUGAAUGACAAGGAAGUGAUCUGCAUCAGAUGUCCGUAUAACAUCAGGUGUUUGUCACUUCACCUGUUGCGCACACUCGUUUCAGUUUAUUAAUGGAUAUAUGGCUGAUGUCUGGUGGAAGACUAUGAUGUGCACAUCUAACUACAUUGAGAUGUCUGUCCCUUUCUAAUCAAUGACAACCCCCACCUCUCCUCCUGCCUUGCACCCACUUCACUGAGCAUCAAAGUGGAUCUUGGUAUUUGUCAGUGUUUUCUAUGUUUACCCUAACUGUGAAAUUAAAAAAAAUGCUUUAACUGAAACGGACCACUAACCACAGUCAAUUCUCUGUGUACGAUAAUGUGCUCCCAGUCCUUGUCCAUCACCGUAAUUCUCAAUAUGUAUCUUCUCCAGUCCUGUGCAAAAUGUGCAUCCAUUUUUUUGGUGUUUGGUGCCUCAAACGCCAAGGCAAGUGUCGUCUCCACAGACUUGAGUUAUUUAUUUCACACUGCUUCACUGUAGGUGGUUUCGCAUAACUAUUGAGCAGUAAUGCAUCAUAUCAUCUUGUGUAAUAAAUGAAAAUUCCAUAUUAUA